CAGUCCCACCACACCAUGGACCCGCUCACGGAGCUCGGUAGACAAGAGCUGUGUUAUGUGAAUUUCGAUGGGAAAUCGUCCGACAUCCACCUUACAGCCCAGCAAGCAGAGAACCUUUAUAACAGCAUAGGCUGUUUGUUUAAUUCAGCACCACCAUGUAGUUUCGAUAAAAGUGGCAAAACCCCUUCACAGAAUGAAAAUCCUGAUGAUAUGACUGAGCACAAAAGAGUCUUUGCCACUCUCAUUGCUCGUAAUGCCAAGGAUAUAGAUGCACUUAUUGAAAGUCUUCCAUCUGAAGAUUCAUCAGCUGAACUUCAGACAGCCAGCAUGAGGGUGCUAGAACAGGAAGGUGAAAAAGCUGCUCUGAGGCUUCAGCGAGGGAUUGACAGAGGAGACAAAUUACUAGAGGAGAUCAACAGAGAUCUUAGUGACAUUGCCAAUACCCAGUUAGCCAUUAAUCGCAUUACAGAUGCUUCUCAGGGUGAUGCAAUAAAGAUAUGAAUCUUUUGAUGUUAGGUUUUGAAAAGAUAACCAUUUUUUACAAGCAAAGAAGCCUUCCAAAUUUGGCAGGUACAGCUUUCCAUCUAGGGCAUUGCUGCUAAUUCAGAAUGAAAACAAACUUUGUUGAUGCAAGUUUGUCCAAGUUUGCCACAGAGGUAGAUUAAAAUCCUUUCUACUACUACAAGUUACAUUGAGAAAGAAUCUGUUAUUUGUCAGCACUUUUGUAAUUGUGUUCAGUGGUUUUAUCCCAAGAUAACAUAUGUGUAAGAUAACCAGUGCCACUAACCUACAAUAUGAGUGUUUAUUUAUUUUAAAGUGGUUAUUUUCCUUUCCUUAUUUGAAAGAAUAUCAUGUUACAAAUUUCACGUAUCUAUACUUUGUGUCUGUUCUGGAUAUUCCACAAUAACUAGAGUUUCUUAUAUCUAAUGCUACAGUGAUAUAAGUAAUGAUAAUAGACUGGAAAAUAAAAUGUAGGGCUUGUUUAAAAAUAAUAUGCAAAUUGAAUCCAGUAUAUGUAAAGUGGUAAGAAUACUAGACUGGAAAAUCAUAUGAAGUAUGGCUCAUUUUUUGCAAAUUGAAUCCAGUAUAUAUAAAGUGGCAAUCAUGACAUACUGAAUGAAAUAACAGUAGACUUCAUUUUGCAGCUGAUUUGAAAAUCUUAGAUAUGAGGAAAUUAUAUUAGUUAUUACAAUUAUAUCAUAUUUUUCCCAUAUAGUUGCAUCUAUAAUUUGAUGAAACUCCUAAUAGUUUAAACAGAUGGCAUGAAAUAUACAGUCCUUAGUUGUUAAACAGAUCAAUUUACUAAAGGCAUUUCUUAAGUUAAAUGUAGCAUGAUCCAAAAAAUACCCAUGUGACAAAAAUAAUGAGAAUUGAUUUAAUUUGUGUCAGGCCAUGGUUAAAGGAGUUACUUUCAGGUGUGCUUGUGAUAUUUAUUAGGGAUGUCCUGAGUUUUCCCAAGAAUGGCAGGAGUGUCUGUAUGCUGUUAAACCUCAUUAUUUUCAUUCCCUUUUUUACCUCAUUUCAUCUACAUCGUAUAGAGUUAAGACCUUAAUUCUGGUUAAUUUAUAGUUUUGCAAUUUGCUAUAUAUGGAGUCAGUGUGUGUUAGUCAAGUUGAUGGAGAGUGUUAGGAUGUUCAGAAUCAUUUCUGUUUGGUUGAAAUGGUAAUAUAAAAAUAGUCAUACAGGUAUGACAGUGAACAAAAAUAAAUAUUUAAAGAUUCUUCCAACAGCUGUU